CGUGAACGAUCGUAUAUGUUAUUUAAGACUACAAGAUUUAAAGGUGAUCUGCCUGAAGAACGCCACAUGAAAGUGGACAAUAAAAAUUUUUACUUCGAUAUUGGACAAAAUAAUCGUGGCGUUUACAUGCGCAUUAGUGAGGUAAAAAGUAAUUUUCGUACUGCUAUAACUGUGCCAGAGAAAUGUUGGCUACGUUUUCGUGACAUUUUUAAUGAUUAUUGUGACAAAAUGAAGAAAUCGUCCGACACAUCGUCUAUCACUGCCGAUAAUAAUAUUCAAACUCCUGCAAACAGUCUAAAAUAAAAAUAGCGGCAUAAAAAUAAACAAAACAAUUGUGGAGAGUUAAAAGUUGAAGAAAAAGUUAUGUUUAACCAACAAAAAGGAGAAUAAACAAAAAAGUGAAGCAAGAUAUAUUUUAUUAAAAAUCCAUACUUAUUAAAUUAAAUCUUAUUUCAUGUUGGAAUUUAAUAAAAAAUUAAAGAACAGAGAA